UACGCCCGACGACCGGCAGUCUCGGUCAAACUUCUGUGAGGUGUGUAUGUUGUGGAUUUUCUAAAUUCGUCAAUGUCUGUGGUGAAUUUAAAUCAUAAAAAUUCCAAUGAAACAUUUACGAAAGUUGUAUCAAUCAGUUCAAAAACAUUCAAUCAUUCGAAAACAAAAAAAAUUAGUCAUCAAGCUUUCAACUUUUCGACGGCUCUUCGAAAGAAAUAUCGAUCAAAUAAAAUUUCAAUAAACAUUCGAAAGAUCAAUUGAUCAUACAAGUAAUUAAUAAAAAAAAAUUCAUUGUAUAAUUAAAAUUUAUUAGUGAAAAAUGUCACGCGGGAUAUUGAAGAACCGACACAUAAAAGACGAAAAAGAGAACAAACGUUUUAUUGGGCAGAUGAAUAGGAUAAUAAUCCUGUAAAAUCACCAAGCGAAAGUGGGAGGAAAUAAAUUAGAAUAUUAUAGUGGGAGUGAAUUUCUGAACAGUUAAGCUUUAAAGUGCAACAGUCUUUGGGACAUAGUUAUUUAAAAUACAUAUUAAAUUAAAUAACAUAUCGACGCAAAAUUCGUGUGAAUUGACUGAAAUUAAGAUAAUGAAAAUAAGGAAAAUUGAAUAAAUUUUCACGAGUUAGAUUUAUCGAAAAUAUUUAUCAAAGAAUUAUCAGAAUAUAAAUAAAUUUUGACAAGAUAUGCUCUAUUUGAAGAUAAAGAUAGAAUUAGUCAAUAUUCAAAGAAAAAAAGUUAUUUUUUCACACUUUUCAAUAAUUUAAAAUGGAAGCUAGAAACAAUAAUGAAAAUUCUCUCUGGGUGUUCGGAUAUGGAUCUUUGUGCUGGCAUCCAGGUUUCAAAUAUAAAAAAAGCGCGGUAGGACACAUCAAAGGAUUCAUUAGAAGAUUUUGGCAAGGAAAUACAACACAUCGGGGAACAAUAGAAAAGCCUGGACGUGUGGCUACAUUGGUUGAGGAAAAAGAGGGUGUUGUUUACGGUCGAGCAUUCCAAGUUCAAGACAGUACAGCGUUGCCUUAUUUGGAAAAUCGCGAAUGUACUUUAGGAGGAUAUAUGACAACAAUUACAACAUUUUAUAGUCGCGAAGGAAACAGAAACUUUCCAGUCAUUAUUUAUAUUGCUACCAAUAAGAACGAACACUGGCUUGGUGAUGCGCCGCUUCAAAAUAUAGCAAAACAAAUCUUCGAGUGUUCAGGUCCAAAUGGGCACAAUGUCGAAUAUCUUUUACGAUUAGCAGAGUUUAUGCACCGUUAUCUGCCAGAAGCUCAUGACGAACAUUUGUUCACUUUGGAAAUAUUAGUACGUUCGAAAAUAAAAGAAAUGAAUAUAUGUCUGAAUACGUUAAUGGGUGACCGAAAUUUCAAUAUUGAUAUCGAGGACAUCGAUGUGAAGGAUGACGACAAUGACUUAGUCACCAAUAACGCUACUGGCAAUCUCAGGAAAAAUUCCUUCCAAUUUACUCUUCAAGUACCUGAUAAAACUAUGCGUUGUCUCAAAAUGUAGUUUAUAUUUGUUAAUGCUUCAAAUUUUGCAUUUUUUUGCAAAAUUUAAAGAGGCAAA